CUUGCACAGCAAGCAUGCACAGUUGUUGCUUUUCCUCGGCUCUGCAAAGACUCUGAGCGGGUCCACGAUGGCGUCCCAGCAGAUGUACUUGAGAUUAAUAGCCCUGGCUGUAUUGCUGACACUCUUUGCUCUGAGAGUGGCAGGAUCUGGUACUGCCCUGUCGAAGUCCUCCGUCGCUGUCCCCUCUUCCCAGGCUCAAGAGUUUCUAGCAAAGCUGAGCAGAAGCAAGAGGAACCUCUGGGACCGCAGCAGACCUGACGUGCAGCAGUGGAUUAUGCAGUUUAUGUACAUGGGGUUUGAUGAGCAGCGGCUGGAGGCUGACCUGUCGUACUGGAUGGACCAAGCUCGCUCCAGGGACCAAGGGCGUCAGCACCAAUAUGAUGAAAACGCCCCCAUCGGCCCGCGUGACCAGAGUUCUUACAGACACGGAGCGGACGUCAACUAUGACAACUAUUAACUGACAGUGUGUUGCUCUUACACCUGCAGGCAGCUGUCAAUAUCUAAUUACACUCCAGCUGCUCUGGCUUCUUCCUUUCUACAGUAUAACCCGCUCUCCUUCUCCCCACACGUUAGUCAUAGAGCGAUGUACGAAAUACAGUUUAAAAUCGGAUGUCUGGCUCCUUUCUGAUCACUGAUGUGAAUAAAGAUGUGGCUUUGUGCUGUC